GUUCAGUCCUUUGUGUCUUCCAGCUUUCUUUAUCUGUUGUGCAAAUUUGUUGGAAGAAAUCUCAGCACCAUGGCUCCCAAGAAGGUUGAACCCAAAAAAGUUGAACCCAAGAAGGAGGUGGCCAAACCUGCUACUGCUACUGCUCCUGCUCCUGCUGCUGCUCCUGCUCCACAGCCAGAACCUGAAGCACCCAAGGAGCCUGAGUUCGACCCCAAGAGCAUCACAAUUGAAUACGCUGCCGAUCAGAUCGAGGAGUUCAGGGAGGCUUUCAGCCUGUUUGACCAAACCCCCACUGGCGAGUUGAAAAUCUACUACUCUCAGUGCGGCGACGUCCUGCGUGCUCUGGGACAGAACCCAACCAACGCUGAGGUGUUGAAAGUGCUCGGCAAUCCCAAACCAGAAGAGAUGAACAGGAAAAUGAUGGAUUUCGAGACCUUCCUCCCCAUGCUGCAGCACAUCUCCAGGUCCAAGCAGCAGGGCAGCUAUGAGGACUUUGUUGAGGGUCUGCGUGUCUUUGACAAAGAAGGCAAUGGCACCGUUAUGGGCGCAGAGCUCCGCCACGUGCUGGCCACUCUCGGGGAGAGGAUGACAGAAGAGGAGGUGGACCAGCUUAUGGCUGGUCAUGAGGACGCCAAUGGCUGCAUUAACUAUGAAUCCUUCAUCAAACACAUCUUGGCUGGUUGAAACAAACUUUGCAAAGGCCUUUGACCACACAGGAAGAGUGCAACCUCAAAGAUCUGAACAAAACCAGUUACUGUGACUGUGAUUACUGCAAACAAUUGUAUGGAUAUAUCACUCACAUCACAAUGUCUGUAAAGUAAACCUUGCAUGAAAUUAAAUAAAAAAAUCACCAUGUUCUACUUUAUGGUAUUAUUAUUUGAUUGCAGUAUUUCACCAAUUUAAAAGGAUAUAGAAAAAAGACUAUAAUAAGUUGGUAUUUGCCAUUGUUCAGUUUAUAUUCUGUAAAAUGUGUACUAUUUCAGAUUAAAAUAGUUUGAGACUGCUCUAGCUGCUUUGCCACAUACUGAAGUUCUGGGCUGUGACUGUAAAACCAGGUCAAGUCUCUGUCUGAGUACUGUUUUUCAAUUAAAUUACUUUGUUGAAGUUUCCAAUGCAGAA